GCCAUAGUGGGUGGUAUCGAGCUGAGGCCUGGCUGUGGGCAUCGAACAGAGACGAGAACAGCGACAAUCAGCAGGGGAGGGUGUAUGUACUCGAAAACAUUGGUCUCGUCUGCGAUCUGCGAUCUUGAUCUUCCCCUCUAUCCUCGGAAGGGAGGUAGCGGAGGCCAGGAAUGUGUUGAUUUGAUGAUGUUUUGGCACCCAGGGGCAAAGUGGCCGCACCAAGAAUGGGCGUGGUUGACACUUGGGCAUUCCAGGCUCGAUGGCGACAUCACCGAUUCCUGAUAGGAGAGCCUCGGGGUUAGAUGUCAACACACACUUGGCUGGACAUGGGCGCCUGCCUCGGGUAGAUAGAUCACCUGCCCGCGCGGGGAAGAGUACGGGGCCUGUUCGGCAGAUGCGGCUAGGCCGGGCCUUUGCCAUCCCUUGGUUGACUAGAUGGAGUGGCAGUAACUAGACGGCCCAGAGGAGAUUCCGUCCAUAAAAGAUGGCAUGCCCCCCCGUCCGUCUUUCCGGGUUCUGAACCGAGGCCGACCUCCUCCCCCAGCCCCUAAUCAACCGACCUUUUGACACUCAUUUUUAAUCCGUCACUCCUUUAUUGUCUUCUAGUCGCUCGUUCCAGGACAAGAGUCACCAACCAGUCAACACCUGCACCGUCCUGUCUUGGUCUACCUCAUCAUCCCCCCUUACUUUUCUCCCUUGCCAUCCUGUCCCAUCCCCUUUAGUCCAUCUAUUAGUGACCAAGCUUUUGGCGAUCAAGAAACAACACACUGACUGAGAAACGAAACGACCUAACCGCAACGAUAAUAACGACCUCUAUUUUGGCAACAGUGACGGCGUUAUAGGACAACGGAAACUAGCAACAGAAAGAAAGCAAACAAGAUGCCCUCCAAGCAUAUCCUCCUCGCCGCCGCCGCCGCCGCCCUCGCGGUCGCCCCCGCCGCCGUGCUGGCGCAGACCUUCAACAACGUCAACGACAUUGCCAACUCCAACUCCAACUCCAACAACGUCGACGUGUCGGUUGGCCUGGGCGGCGGCCCCGUGGUGGCGGUGCCGCCGACCACGCUGUCGACCCGCACCGUGACGGCGCCCACGUACAUGGCCAACUCGACCAGCAUGACGGUCACCACGACCGUCGUCACGGCCUGGAGCACCUACUGCCCGGAGCCGACGGUGCUCUGGUUCGAGAAGGAGCGCUACGUGGUCACCAAGCCGACCAUGCUGACGUACAAGAACUGCCCCUGCACCAUCACGACUAAGGUCCCCGUCCACACCGACCUCCCCGUCCGCCCGGCCGUCGUGCCCGUCUACCCGCCCGCGCCGGUGCAGCCGGUGCACCCGGUGGUCGUGGUCGACGAGCCCGUGCACGGCGCCGCCCCGGUCGCGACGCCCAUCGCCGCCCCCGCCCCCGUCGUCGCCCCCGUGGCCCGCGUCGGCACCGUCACCCACAACGGCCACUACGUCGUGCCGACCGCCAAGCCCGACGGCGGCGCCACCAUGCCCGUCACGGCCGGCGCCAACGCCGCCCGCGACGCGCGCGGCGUGCUCGGCCUGGCCGUCGCCGCUGGCGUGGCUGCCGUUGGCGCCUUUGCCAUGUAAAGAGAGGCGAGAAAGGAGGGAGGGGGGGAGGGGCUUUCAAGAAGAAAGAAAGAAUGAGUAGAAAGGAUGGAGAGGCGGGCGCGCGGAUAUCGAAAGGUCGUUUCGUGCCAAACAAGCCCUCUCUCUGCUCACCCCGGAGCCAUACAAGUGCCCGGCAAGCGCAUGGCUGCCUCCCACCAAACCGGACCACGCGGACCUGAGCGGGGUUUUUUGAGGUAAAUGGCGUAGUGGCAUAUCGCCGCGUUCCCGUUCGUCCCGUCCCGUUCCUGUCCCUUUAUAUGCCGCCACGCCAUUGGCCCUAGACUCUUGCGAAGGCCGCCGGUUCGAUCCCCGGCCAUGCUUUUUCUUGUCCUUUCUCUUGUUUGUCUCUCUUCCUGGGUUAUGGACUGCGGGCCUUUUUUUUUCAUUUUCCUUUCUGGGAACUACAGGUAUGGAUGGAUGGGUGUUUGGGGAAUGCUGUUUUGUCUGGUUCUCUGCCUUGGAUGGAUUUGUUUGCUUUGAUCUUUGUACCUCUGGGUAUUUUGCGUUUCAAGGAGUUGGGCUUUCGGCGGAAGGGGCUUUUCAAAAUUUCGCCCAGGGGUUUUAAUAUCAAAGGGCUAGCUUUGAUCUCAUGCGUGGUGUUUUCUGCUAGUUUCGUCCCUGUGUUGGAAAGCUGUGAUCUUAUCUGACAACAAUCCCCGACAAAACUGUUGCUAUAUCGAGACGCUAGCGAGGAUGCAUGGCCAUGCACACCCCCGCCCAACUCCUCACCAAGUACUGGGAAUGUCAUCCAUGGCCUUGACCCGGUCCAGGUACUGAGGAGAUCAAGGCAAGAGCCAAUGACUUUAGCCCCUCAAGGAGGGCAUUAAUAGGUGCCCGAAGCUUUCUUUUCUCUGGUUUUUUAGUGACCAAGUCCGUCUUGUGGCUCCAUCUCCCUUUGCCUAUUUUUGUUGAGCAUGCCCGGAGUCGUUUCCUUAUUUUACCCAUGCCAGUGUGGUCGACAUA